UCACCUUCUUCAGCAGAGGGAGUGAGAGAGCAAGCCAGAAAUCCUGUAGAAAAAGGAGGGAGGGAAUUAACAGAGCAGAACAAUCCUCCAUCCUUUUCUUUCCUCCCCAGACACCCUGCAUUCUUUCUCCAUAAUCACCUGGAUUACAUUCUCCUAAAGAUCUCCCUCUGCCUUUCCUAACCUUCCCUUUCCCGACGCACCUGCUUCUACCAGUCGUACCCUGAGAGCACUGUUCAGCAUCCCUGUUAUCUUUCUCUCUGUUUUUUGCAUCCCCAGCUCCUUUUUCACUCAGCUUGGAACUGCAUCCUCCGUUAUGUACCUUGAGAUGGAAUACCUGCUUUGCUCUCAGAAAGGGAAACCCCAUGGUCUCGUAAGGCUUUGAGGCUGCCUUGCUGUCAGCUUAGAGAGAGAAAAAUAGAGAGAGAGAGAAAUAAAAUGACCGAACAUAUGAGAGAACAAGAUGAAAACAGCAGUUGGGAUUUAAACUUAUUUAACAUCUAAAGAAAAGGAUGCUAUAAUAAAAUAUAACUAGAUCUUGCUCCUAAUCUCAUUGGGCUGUGUGUCCGAAAGAUAUACAACUGCAUCUGCAAUUUGUGAGUGGGAUACAAGAGAGAAUCUCAUUUGUUCUGCGUGAGAUGAGCUUUUUCUGCCAAUGUCCUUGAAUUAAACAUAGAAGGAUCUUCUGGGAUUUUCUUCAGCUUGUGUGUUUAUGUCAGCGCUAUUCUUCUCCUCCUCUGAUUUGGAUAAUGCUUUUACUUCUGCCUGUUGGCCUCCUGGGAUGCUCUGACAUUUCGGGAGGAGUUGCUUUUGACAAGGUGGUCCAUGUCCCCUCAUCAUCACCUUCAUCAGCACCACCAUGUCCCCUCCAGCCUCCGCUGCGGCAGCAGUAGCAGCAGCAGCCAGUGAGAGUAGCAGCACUUCCGUACCAGAAGAGGAGGCUGAGAGUGCGAGGGAAGAGCAACGGCCUGUAAAGCAGUCUUUCAGCAAGUCUCUUUGUCGAGAGUCACAUUGGAAAUGUCUUCUACUAUCUCUCCUCAUGUAUGGUUGCCUUGGUGCUAUGACCUGGUGCCAUGUGACCAAGGUUACCAGGUUGACCUUUGACAGUGCUUACAAAGGGAAGUCCAUGAUGUAUCAUGACAGUCCUUGUUCAAAUGGAUACAUUUACAUCCCACUUGCAUUCCUGAUGAUGUUAUAUGUAGUCUACCUUGUGGAGUGCUGGCAUUGCUACACUAGGAAUGAACUUCAGUAUAAAGUUGACAUUGAAAGUGUAUAUGAGCGUGUUCAGAGAAUGCAACAGGCAACACCAUGCAUUUGGUGGAAGGCCAUCAGUUACCAUUAUGUGAGGCGAACAAGGCAGGUCACCAGGUACAGAAAUGGGGAUGCCUAUACUACAACUCAGGUUUACCAUGAGAGGGUCAACACUCAUGUAGCAGAAGCAGAGUUUGACUAUGCCAACUGUGGUGUUAAAGACAUUUCUAAGGACCUUGUAGGGCUUGAGGACUAUGCAGCUACAAGGCUGAGAUUUACAAAGUGCUUCAGCUUUGCAAAUGUGGAAUCAGAAAACUCCUAUCUCACCCAGCGAGCCAGGUUCUUCACAGAGAAUGAAGGCUUAGAUGACUAUAUGGAAGCCAGAGAGGGAAUGCAUCUCAAAAAUGUGGACUUUAGGGAAUACAUGAUAUCUUUUUCUGAUCCUGACCGUCUCCCUUGGUAUGCUUCCCACUAUGUAUUCUGGGCUGCUGCUCUCUUGACUUUCUCUUGGCCUCUAAGGGUGCUAACUGAGUACCAUAUUGCCUAUGUGCACUACCAUGUUGAAAAGCUCUUUGGUUUUGACUAUGUUCCUACAACCCCAGGAGAAGAUCAUGCCUACUGCCCAAGGAUUCCAAGAGUUAAUACCAUUGACAGUACUGAGCUUGAAUGGCACAUCCGCUCUAACCAACAACUAGUACCUAGCUAUUCAGAAGCAGUCCUGAUGGAUGUGGUCAGUUUAUCAAACUGCCCUGGUUACUCAAGUUGUAGGUAUGGAACCUACAGACAAAACUGCGAACAAUGCCACAGAACAAUUAGUAGUUCCUCCAUCUUCUCACGGAGUGCCCUUAGCAUCUGUAACGUCAGUCCCAGAAUCCCUUUCAGUGGUAGUAGAUUCUCUCUAGGACAUCUUUAUGGUUCUCGGCGGAGUUGUUUGUGGAGGAGUCGCAGUGGCAGUUUGAAUGAGCCAGGCAUUCCUAAUGAGACAACCCGCUGUCUCUCUAGUCACACCACUGAGGAAGAACCACCCCCCUACCAGGAUGCAUUGACAUUCCCUGUUCUCAUUGUACAUCGGAACCAAGGUUGUUUCAAUCAUGAUCAACAGCACCUUCACAGAAAUGGUCCAUGUGUUGAGACAUCAUUGUGACCAAAGUGCUGUUCUUUCAUUAACUUAGUACAAAAAUGGAAUGUAUACCUAUCUUUAGACAGUUUAAACAACAGCAAUACUGUAUUGUGGUUGGAUGUGGCAAUACAUAGUUUACAAAGUAAGGAAAUUACAUCCCAGUAACUAUUUUCCAUGUAGAAUUUACAGGAAAUUACUUCCCAGUAACUAUUUUCCAUGUAGAAUUUACAAAUUUGCUAACAUUUUAAGUCUACAAAGAGACACUGAAUCAUGAAUUACCUUUUUACACUAAUAUCUGACACUGAUCUGAAAAUAAAAUAAGUUAAUUCAUCCAGAAAACCACCCUGCCCAUAGAGGCCAAUGAUGAAAAGAGAAUGGACUAAUGUAUGUUUUUCUCCAUUCCAGAAAGAGAGUGACACGUCUGAGCUGGUGGUAUUAUUUGUAAAAAAAUAUAAAAAAAAAAACUAUGCUGUGUGCACCCAUGCUGUUCCCAACUGUGGGGCAUGAGGCACUAGGUUUAGUCUCCACUAAUAUCAGUACUUCCUUUCCAAAACAUUACAUUUGUCCUAAAAGGACCUUGUUACAGUAGCCCACAUUGUACUGAUUCUGUCAUUUUACUGAACCAUGGGCUUCAGAAUGCAGUUGUACCAAACCAUUACCUUUUAUGAAGUAAACAUCAGAAAUUCUUUCAAGAUUAAAAUAAAAAAGUAAUGGUAUUGAACCAAAUUCGGCGAGAGAUAAGGCGAGAAGUGUUACAGGACUUAACGAGUCCUUUGUUAUAUUUACAUGCAUGGUAACAAAGAGAACAAACAGUCUACAAAAUGGAAAGUGUAUAAAGCCUUUAUAAAUCAACACUGGCACAGAACAAAUACACAAAGUGGUGGUACUAUCUUUUCCCAGCACUUCAGGGACAACAUUAGGCCUCCAACUCAAGAAACACAUCCUGAGUGGCAGUAAAGUAAGUUUUAUGUAGGGCAACAACUUCGAUUUGAAAACCUUAGCAGACAUCUGAAGACAGGCUUAAAGUCAUAUAAUUCACAAAAGCAAAGACUUAACAUGGUACAUUGACUUGAUGUUUUACUGACGCAGUUCCCAAGGGCAAUUAUGUGGAAGAGAAUUUUCUGGCACACCUUUAUUCCUGUAAAUCUUACUGGCCUUAUCAGCAACAAAUAACAGCUGCUCUACCUACCUGUUACCAUUUAAACAUGCAUUCAGCAUUUACAUAUUUUAUAGAUGCAUUGUGCAAUUAACUAAUUAACAAUUGCUGAGAAAACUGAGCUUUACAAGAUGUUCCUCACAGUCAGAGGAUUUAUUUGAAGACAUUAGGCAGAGAAUGCAGCAAAAUUCCAAGAAUUAGAGUAAAGGCCAGAUAAACCCCAUCAGCUCUUACAUGGGGAGAAAUUCUAAAGUGUCUGAGUUUAGGUUAGCACUAUUUGUCAUUUUGUGCCAUGUGUAGUUUAGGCCCUAUACUUCAUAUGUUGCAUGUUGCGACAAAUUCUCUGUGAUGAGUCACUGUAGCUACAUGCGGGUGCAUUAUGUUACACUACUAAUAUUUAUGUGUCCAAAUACAUCAAAGUACUGGCCUUACCAAAUUAACCACAGGGUUAUAAUAUGCCAGAGUAGUCACUAAUGGACAUGACAGAAAAAUCACAAAACCUUGGCUCACCCACUGUCUAGCCACAUUUUCCUUGUCUUCCUGUUUUAUUAGUUGGAUGGCAGCUUUAUAUACUGGCUUAAACAAUAUUUUUUCAUGAGAUCUUAUGUAAUUUUGUUGUUUAUAUGUCAGCAGCUGUGAAACACUAUCUUUGCAGUGGAUUCACCUCAAGUACCUUUUAUAAUAAAACAGUUCUAGUUAUAUGCACUAACAUACAUUCACACUUAUUUACUAUAGAAUUGUCAUUUUUUUAAGUUGGUAUAUCAAUCGGUUCUUGAACAUAUCUGAUGUAUAUAACACUGAGUUGACUUUUUGUAUACAUAAAAACAAAGAAUCUGUGUACAUUUUGCAGUCAGCUAAAGUGGCAAAGUUGAAAUACAAAGAAUUAUCAUCAUGCUCUCAUAACCCUUUAUUUUAGGGUAAGUUCUUUAGACUUCUCCUCAGCAACGAGGUAAGAUAUUUCUGUUUAAUACUUAAUUCAGUGAAAUCCCUAUUUAGCCACACAACCUAGCACUUACUUCAGAAUCCAGACCAACUGGGUAUCUGCUUUUAUCAUGAUGAAAUGUAAGCCAAGCAUUUUGUUGCUCAUCACAAUGUAUGAUAAAGAAUGUUCUGUUAUGCAUCAUCUCAGGGUGAAUAUGUAUUUACUAUGACAAGAAUUUAUUGUUGAUGUGUAGUUUGCCACUACUGGACUGGGAUAGCACUAACUCCAGUUGUUACAGCUGUGGAGUGCUCUGUUAAUCCAAUGUAUACAGAUGAGAUAGUUCCCAAAGAAAUGUUCAAAAGCACAGUGCAGUUGUAAACAGGAGUCUGUCUUCUUUUAACAUUCAGUAAGUGUGCAUAGAUUUCUGAAAACCUUGGCAGGAUAUUUCUCUUUAUACCAUCAUUCAAACACUGCCGAGAAGACAGAGGUAAGUAAUGGUUUCUUAAAGAAACCUUAGCUGUAUGUUCAGAAACUUUGGAUUUAUUUCCUAAAAUGUAUUCCAUUCUGGGAUACACAGAGAGGUCUUUCUGGAGAAUAAAGCAGAAUGGACUGUUAGGGGAUUAAUUGACAGCUAAAUGAACCCUUUCAGCAAGUGUGCCUUAUUGCCAGCAUAAAACUGUUUUGUAAGAAAGUUAUAUAAUUGUUAGGUUGUGAAUGGUUUAAUAAAUGAAGAAGCAAGAUGAAGCAAGACAGACAAUGAGAGAAGGGAUUGGACAAUGCAGUUUCAGUUGUUCAGCUCAUUAAAUGGCUGACUAACAGAAGGUAUUUGUGCAUCUCUGUCCUUAGGCAUUGGAUAGCAAUGUAAACAUUUCUCUCAUAAUACAUUCCAGCAGUUGAAUAAAUGUUCUGUCUGUAAAAGAUAACUGUAAUUGUGCAUAGUUCUGUAUUCACAUUUUUCUGUUUGAAUUUUAGAAUAAACACAAAGGAAUGAAUCACU